AGCUGCCGCAACCGCCGCUGGUGCCAUCCUCCUACAAGGGCUCGGCAGUGAUGGCGGCCCAUCAUCACCAUCAGCAUCAUCUCUAAUCGCGUCCACCUCGCUGAUAACGACAACGCUCGCAUCGGUCCCGGUCAGCUCGCAGAAGAUGUCACCGGUGGGGAAAGGAAGAUGUUCUGGCGGUGGUGGUGGUGGUGGAGCCCUGGAUAGCAGCGGAAGUGAUCAUAGCAGCGAGAGUACUACGGCUGCCGAGAUGGUGGCAUACAAUCUCAGCGGUGAGAUCGGUGAUGUUGGUGGUACGGGUGUAGGCAAUGGUGGCUCGCCCGGGGGGCAGCACCAUCUACAUCUGCACCACCAUCAGGGCAGCAUCGGGAGCAGUGCGUCCUCGGGACUGCUAGUUGUUGCUGCGGGCGGUAAUGUGGGUGGUAGUGUGAGUGCUGGCACGGUUGGUACCAUUACUUCGUCGGCUUCGUCGAACGCUAGUGCUAGUGUACCGCUGCUGCACCACCAUCACCAUCACCAUCUGCAUCACCACCUGCACCAGCAUCUACAUCCGGGCGGUGCUGCAGCUUCUGCUUCCGAUCUCACCUCCGCACCCAUCCCGAGCAAACGGAAUCUCUGAGGAGCAGCCCGAUCACGUGCAUCACUAGAAGGGAUCUCAUCUACACCAUGCUGAAGCGAUCGUCUGAAGUGAUCGAACUGCGCAGGAAAGGCUGAUCCAGUUAUCAGGGGUUCCGAGAUAGGGGCAGUGGAUGACAGCGACAUGCAGAAGGCGAUGUACGACGGCGACAACGAUGACAGCGGACGACGAUGCUCCAUCGACCGUGACGGUCUCAGUGCAAGCGGGAUGACGACAUCCACGUGGGGCGGUCGCUAACCUACCUGGUGGGGACAUGCCCCCGAUCAUCAUCCCAUUCCUCUUCCUCCUGCACGAUGCUGCACAGUGUUAGAAUUUUCGAACGAAGGAAUAUUUGUACGACACAGAAACACAGAAACUGAGGAAAAGCUGCAUUUGUAAAUAGUCUUUUCGACGCCGGCAAGGGCGAAGAAGCAUGCGCUGUGUGCUACUAGUAAACGCAUGGAAAAUCUGUCACGAAACAUUUUUAAGGAAGGAAUGAGAUUUGAUAGGUGACGUGGUGUUGAAGUAGAGAUGUGUGCGUGCGGGGGGGAAAAGCAGGGCCACAAGCAGCAUAGUAGGAAACAUAUUUAAUUAAAGCAUAAAAAAGGGAAGCACACAAGAAAAUAGGAAUCGUUUACAAGAAUCGUGUAACUGGAUGUGGAUUUCCAUCGUGUGUCACUCAAGCAAGCAAUACAUACCACAUCUCUUCAACUACCAUGACAAUGAUUGUAGUGUUUUGUUACGAAAAGAAGUAGGGGUCAAGUAAUAACUAAACAGGGAGCCGGAAGGGGGUUGGCGUGGAAAGAAGUGGUGACGGGAGGAGACUCGAGGUGAUAGCGAGGGAGCGUGAUAUAGAAUCAAUCAAUCAAUAUGUGUUGGUGGCUAAAUGUAAAAAAUACGAACAGAAGAAACACAAUUGUAUAGCUAUAGUAAUGAAUAAGCAGCGUUCGCAAGUCGCGCCGUACCACAA